AUGCUCUUUCUCCUCCUCAUCCUCUCCUAUUUUGCUAUUUCCUUAGCUAAAACAACACCAACAACAUUUCCAUUUUCUACCAUAAUCAACCUGCAGCAAAAAGGGUUCUCUUCUGGUUAUUCUACAAAGACCACUGAUAAUAAUAAUCAACUUUAUGACACAAAAUAUUUCACCCAAAUUCUUGAUCACUUCACCUUUACUCCUCAAAGUUACCAAACUUUCCAACAGAGGUAUCUCAUCAAUGACACAUAUUGGGGUGGUGCCAAGAAAAAGGCUCCAAUCUUUGUGUACAUGGGAGGUGAAGCAGAUGUUGAAUUGUCUGCUCAGAACACUGGCUUCAUGUUUGAUUAUGCCCCCAACUUCAAUGCUCUUCUUGUCUUCAUUGAGCAUCGUUUUUAUGGAAAAUCUUUUCCUGGAGGGGAUGAAGAAGUGAAACCAAAUUCAACGACACUAGGGUAUUUGAGCUCAACACAGGCAUUGGCAGAUUAUGCAACUCUCAUAAUCGAUCUCAAAAAGAAUUUGACAGCAACUGACUCACCGGUGGUGGUGUUUGGAGGUUCUUACCCAGGAAUGUUGGCAGCAUGGUUUAGACUGAAGUACCCACAUGUGACCAUCGGAGCAUUGGCAUCUUCUGCUCCAAUCCUCUAUUUUGAUAAUAUUACUUCCCCUUAUGCCUUCAAUGAUAUCAUCACCCAAGACUUUAGGAGUGAGAGUGAGAAUUGCUACAAGGUAAUCAAGAGUUCAUGGCAACUCAUUCAAGAAACUGCCAAACAAGCAGGUGGAUUGGAGUCACUCAUGAAAUCUUUCCGAAUAUGCGAGUCAAUGUGUAAAGCAAUUGAUGAUCCAAGGCAUGGGAAUGACCAACUGGAAAAGCUGUACGCAGCCGUCAACAUAUUCUACAACUACACUGGGGAAUUAAGUUGUUUCGAUAUGAGAAUUCCUCAUGCUCUACUUAGUAUUAGAUGGUGGACUUGGCAGGUUUGCACAGAAAUGGUAAUGCCAAUAGAUGGUAACAACAACGAUAGCAUUUUCCCAGCAUCAGAAUGGAACUACACCGAACGGGUCCAAUUUUGCAAAGACAUAUAUAGCAUCGAGCCCAGGCCAAAUUGGAUUACCACGGAAUUUGGGGGUCACAACAUCGAGAGGGUUUUGGAAAGUUUCGGUAGCAACAUCAUCUUCUUCAAUGGAUUAAGGGAUCCAUGGAGUGCCGGAGGGGUGCUAAAAACUAUAUCCAAAUCCUUAGUCACUAUCAUUGCAAAAGAAGGUGCCCAUCACGUGGACCUUAGAUCCUCAACGAGUGAAGAUCCAGAAUGGCUAAAAGAUGUGAGGAAGGAGGAGGUAGAAAUCAUUGGGCAGUGGAUCUCUGAAUACAAUAAUAACAAAAUGUUCUGA